AUGCCGCCAGAUAUACUCAGGGGUGCCGUUGCGGAUAUGGAGACCUCAGUUGGCCUCUCGACUUACGCUGCGCAACAAGAAUUACCUAAAGAAGUCAAGAUAGAAGGGAAAACAUACAAGACUGAUGAGUGGAUGAACACACCUUCGUCAAUUCUCGAUGCGAUACCCAGGCGUCUACAUCUUCAACCAGACCAUCCUCUCACCAUCACACGGAAGUUGAUUGAAUCUCGGUUUCCUGGAUACAAGACACACAACAACCUCUUUCCGAUUGUUACCACUGGGCAAAAUUUCGACUCGCUUGGUUUUCCACUGGAUCACAUUGGGCGAAGCAGAACAGACACGUACUAUCUAAACAAAGAAACCGUAUUACGAACACACACUUCUGCUCACCAAGCCGACACAUUCCGCAACAAUGAAAGCGAAGGGUACCUCAUCAGCGCAGAUGUUUACAGGAGAGAUGCCAUUGAUCGAAGUCACUAUCCUGUUUUCCAUCAGAUGGAGGGAGCGCGGACAUGGGAUCGACAGCAAGCUGAGAAAGAAGGCAAGAAUCUUGCCGAUAUAAUCUGGGAAGACGUAGAAAAGAUACCCAAGCACGACAUUGCUGUUGAAGAUCCAAAUCCGACUUACCAUGCGGAACGCAACCCACUACAGGCAGGCCAUUCACCAGAAGAAGUCGAAGCCAUUGCCGCACACCUCAAACGCAGUCUCGAAGACAUGGUGGUGACUAUCUUCAACGCCGCAAAAUCCGCUUCAGAUGCGGAGACUUUCGGUGAGCCGCUCAAGGUGCGCUGGGUCGAGGCCUACUUUCCCUUUACCUCGCCAUCAUGGGAACUAGAAGUCUUCUGGCAGGGCGACUGGCUCGAGGUACUAGGUUGCGGUAUUGUCUCUCAACCUAUUCUAAACAACGCCUCUGUGCCCAACCGCAUAGGAUGGGCGUUCGGACUGGGUCUCGAACGUAUCGCCAUGCUCCUCUACUCUAUUCCCGACAUUCGCCUAUUCUGGUCAAAGGACGAGCGCUUCCUGUCGCAGUUCAGCGAGCAGAAAUCCAUCACACCAUUCGUCCCCUUUAGCAAGUACCCGGAAUGUUUCAAAGAUGUUAGUUUCUGGUUGAGAAGCAGUUCAAGCGCUGCUGGCGGUGCUGCAGCUACGCACCCGCCUACAUCAGCAGCAUCACCAAGUCAGGUCGUGUCACCCGAAUCGCCCUCUGGCGCUUCGGCCCCUGGCACACCGACUGCGCCCGCGGCCCCUGUCCCAACAUCAACCCCUUCGUUCCACGAAAACGAUGUCAUGGAAAUUGCACGCGAAGUCUGCGGCGAUCUCGUCGAAGACGUCCGUCUGGUAGAUGAGUUUGUGCACCCCAAGACGGGGCGCAGGAGCAUGUGCUACCGCAUCAACUACCGCAGCUUGGAGCGCACACUUACCAAUAAGGAAACAAACGAGAUGCACGAGCGACUGAGGGCUUUGAUUGUCGCGCGCUUAGGCGUCGAGCUUAGGUAG